UUGAGGAGCCCAGGAAAGGAGGUUCGGCUCGUGCCUCCGGGUCAAGGGGAGGCUGCCGGCACCGGGCUGCGGCAUUCGUUUAGCGGGUCAUGUCGGCCGCGCAGGGCUGGGACCGGAACCGCCGGCGGGGAGGCGGCGCGGCCGCUGGUGGUGGUGCUGGCGGAGGAGGUAGUGGGGCCGGCGGGGGCAGCGGGGGUCGGGGCACUGGCCAGCUCAACCGCUUCGUGCAACUCUCCGGGCGGCCUCAUCUGCCAGGUAAGAAGAAAAUACGAUGGGACCCAGUUAGGAGGCGCUUCAUUCAGUCCUGUCCCAUCAUAAGGAUCCCUAACAGGUUUUUGAGAGGCCACAGACCCCCCCCAGCACGCAGUGGACAUCGUUGUGUGGCGGAUAAUACCAAUCUCUAUGUGUUUGGGGGUUAUAACCCAGACUAUGAUGAAUCAGGAGGGCCAGAUAAUGAAGAUUAUCCUCUCUUCAGAGAGCUUUGGAGGUAUCAUUUCGCAACAGGCGUAUGGCAUCAGAUGGGCACAGAUGGUUACAUGCCCCGGGAAUUAGCAUCUAUGUCACUCGUGCUGCAUGGAAACAACCUGCUAGUGUUUGGAGGUACAGGCAUCCCAUUUGGUGAGAGCAACGGCAAUGAUGUCCAUGUCUGUAAUGUGAAGUAUAAGAGAUGGGCUUUACUCAGCUGUCGGGGAAAGAAACCCAGUCGUAUAUAUGGACAGGCCAUGGCCAUCAUCAAUGGUUCUCUUUAUGUCUUUGGGGGGACAACCGGCUACAUUUACAGCACAGACCUGCACAAGUUAGAUCUCAAUACCAGAGAGUGGACGCAGCUGAAACCAAACAACCUGUCCUGUGACCUGCCGGAGGAGAGAUAUAGACAUGAAAUUGCUCAUGAUGGGCAGAGAAUUUACAUCUUGGGAGGUGGUACUUCCUGGACAGCUUAUUCCUUAAACAAGAUCCACGCGUACAAUCUUGAAACAAAUGCAUGGGAGGAAAUUGCAACAAAACCUCAUGAAAAAAUAGGUUUUCCUGCAGCCCGAAGAUGUCACAGCUGUGUUCAAAUAAAAAAUGAUGUAUUUAUUUGCGGUGGCUAUAAUGGAGAGGUGAUCCUGGGAGAUAUCUGGAAGUUGAACCUGCAGACUUUUCAGUGGGUGAAACUCCCUGCGACUAUGCCAGAACCAGUUUAUUUUCACUGUGCAGCUGUCACACCAGCUGGUUGCAUGUACAUUCAUGGAGGAGUGGUAAACAUCCACGAAAACAAACGGACUGGGUCACUGUUUAAGAUCUGGCUGGUGGUACCUAGCCUGCUGGAACUGGCGUGGGAGAAGCUGCUCGCGGCCUUCCCCAAUCUAGCCAACCUCUCCCGAACACAGCUUCUGCACCUUGGACUAACACAGGGACUCAUCGAGCGCUUGAAAUGAGGAUUUCUGGACUGUUCAUUGAUACUGGAAAUGUUAAUUUAAAGAGACUCCUUUAUUUAUGGGCAGUGUAGAAUGUGCUACAAAGAGGAUUGGUUACCCUGAUCAAGGCCUUAUUCAGAAAAUACAUCAGAUGCCUUUCUGUAAAUUGGUUUUUAAGUUUAUGGACAUCUCACUUUCCAUGUGCUUUCUUUGUUUCUCUCCCUCCUGCCCUUUCACAGCCCCACACUCAUAUAUUCCCUCUUGAUGGAGUUGAGGGAAUGAAUGCCUGAAAGUACCUUAAUGUUAGAAAUCAAGAUAAGCUAAGGACAUUUUUAAAAAAAGAAUUUUGACCAUUUUGACCAUAUAAACACUACAAACAAAAGCAUCAUAAUUAACAAAAACCAACAUAAAACUUAAAAAUCCAGCAACGACAAGCAGUCUGGGGGAUAGAAUGAGAAGAUAGCCUUGAGAAUCUUGUGCAUAUGGAAGUUGGUGUUUCCAAGCUAUGCUGAGUAGCCGGAGGAAAUAGCAGCUGUGAUUGAAUCUCAGUACAUCGUCCCUAGCCCUGUCCUCUGGCUUUGAAGGAAAGUUAGUCAGUUCAGCAACUCUUGAUUAGUGAUUUUUUUUCCCCCCUCAACCUUGUGGUGCCAGCCGUGGUUGAGUUGGUGUAUCAAGAUUUCAUGUAUGUCAUGGUCGCCCUCUUUGUUAUUGCUCUUUGAAAUUAUGGCACCAAGUGUUUCAUAAUGAGAAACUUAACGGUUGUCAAAGUUCUUGUUUCUGGGAAGAUUCUCCUCUACUUACUAAUGGUUUGUAAUAACUCUCUGAUUUGACUUUUGCUUGGAGUGAGGGGCUUUGACUGUCUAGCCAGCCAUUUCCUUUUCUGAACUUGUUCUUUUUAAAUCUCUGGACCAUGUUCCUGCCAUUUUCUUAGGCAAUUGGAUCUUGAUUCCCUCCUUAACUUGUUGCUGCGUUUUCUAUCUGCUUAAAUGCACAUGGUGCUGUAAUUGUUUAGUAAUUGGGUAAGAGGUCUUGAGGGAAGAUCACAGGGCAUCAUCCUUCCUGAAGAACCCAGUGUAUCGCUGGAAAACUAGUAGGAGGGAGGAGUGAAACUGAGGAUCAUUUGCUUUUUUUGUGGGAGAUUUUUGUUCUCUUUGUUUUGUUUUGUUAAUUCUAAGAUGAAAAAUUACCUGUUUUCACUUGCUUUGCCAUCAGGCUGCUAGAGGAGUUGCGGGAGUCACUUGUGUGAGGCAUCCAAGCGGGCACAGGGCUGACCCUCCUGUGGUCCUCACACAACAGGAGAUGUAUACAGAUUUGGGACACAUUUUUUCUUUAAGUGCCUCCUUUUCACCUAGCUUUUAAAGUUUUUCUUUUUGCCCUGAAGGGGUCUCUAACUUGCGUGGAUUGAAAGUCACCCUUUCAGUUAUGGCUAACAAGUUACCAUCUGCUGUUCAGUUCCAGGGAGGAGCAGUCGUGGCCCCUCAGCUCGGACUCCUGGCUUUUCUAGGCCUUAUUAUACUAUGUCUGCAUUGGGUUAAGUUUCUGUCUGACGCGCUUACCUGCGAGUUUGAGCACUUCUGAGGCAUGAAGAAAAGGAGCUGCUCUUCUAGCAGGUCCUGCCCCUCAAAUCUUGCCAUUCCCACCCUGAGUGCAUUUAACCUCUUACCACCCCUUGCCAGGCUUGCUCCUCAAAGGAGCCCUCUCCAGAGAAGGUCAGUCUGAACAGCUCCCUGGGUGUCCGACAGCUUUGCUCUGAGACUCCAGCCCCAGCCAGGUCUCUGGACAUGUGCUCGAAACUAAACAAGCCAUGCUUUUAGGGUGGCAAAAGGAUUUUUGUCGUUGACUUAUAUAGGGACCAAAGACUGAAUGCUCAGUCUCUAAGCUUUAACUUCUGUGAUCCUUGGAAUAUAAGCAUGUCUCUGGUUCCAUUACACCAGAAAUCUGAAGAGAGGAGAUUUGAUUCAAUCCACACUUGCUGGGCAUCCCUUUUAAGCCUUCUGAGGGCAGUCUUCUUUGAGGUAGAUGUCGGAGGCCUGAUAUCAAAGUCCUUAUGUGUCUUAAAAGUACGUAUCUUGGGUCUUGUGUCUUUUUUUUUUUUUUUUAAUAUGAUUCUAGUAACAGUAAUGUAGUAGGACGAGCUCUGAGUGCCGUAGAGCCAUUCAUAUGCACAUGUUCUGAAUGCCAAAUGAGACUGCGUGCAUGAAGAUGUACAUGAGGGUGACUGGGUCGUGUUUAAAGGUCACCAGGCAUUUCAGUUUAUCUGUCACCAGCACUUUCACCUGAUGUGGGAAAAGCAAUGCCUGAUGCUCCUCUGCCUCGAUGAGGUACUCCCAGCCAUCUUCUUACAGUCUUGGAAAUUGAAGUGCAAUAUUUAGAAACAUAUGGAUAUAUACAGAUUAUGUAGAGGGUAUGACUAUAAAGCAGUUACACUACUUUUGGUGUCUGUCUUGGAGAAGUCAGUCCAUUGCUUUAGAGUAAAAUUCUGCCAAGAAUUUUCAAUGUGAUCAUAAGCCAACUCUUGGUAAAGCUGGAUUUUCAAGUCCAUGUUUUUUUCCCAGUCCUGUUUGUACUAGCUCCUGUCUGCAUGUCUUUCCCACAAACAAGGAGGUCCACCUGGAAACUAUUUCCUUAGUGGAGAAUUAAAACUUAAUAUUUAGUAAUAACAGUUCUAUGUAUACACUAGUUUAUCUGGGAAUGUAAUACCUUAUUAAGUGAUGAAAAUGAUGCUUUCCUCACUUAAUAAGGUAUUUCCCACAUCCAGAAAAAACUGCAAACAAGUAUAGAAUAGAGUGGAUUUUUAUCUUUUUCAGGGGCCAAAUGAAACCCUUUCCACUAGCAGAAAUCUUCUGUCUUUAAGGCCCAGAUAACUUGAUGUAAAGAUUUGCUCUAUGUCAUUCAUGUCCAUUACAUAGCAAGGUUUAAAACAAUACAAUAAUAAACCUAUUAAUAUUUAUAGGUAAAAGGUGUGUUGACAGUGACCUUUGGCCACUCACAGUAGCAAGAGUAAAGCACAGAUAAUUGAAAUUCAGUGUUUCAACCUUUCUAUCGUUCAUUUACAUUUCUUUUCUCUAUCUGUCCUUUUCAAGGGCUGGGUAGUUAGACAAGGAAAAGAAGCAUGCGGAGGUGCUAAUGCCUGGCCACCACAUCAGUGGCCUGGUCAGCUGCAGUGGUCAUCUGACACAUGUUGGACACUGAAAUGAACAAGCACAGCUAGUAACCCUUGAGCAUGGCCUCCUGGCCUGAGCUCUCUCUCGGCUGUCUCCUGAGCCCCCAGAAACGCCGCGCACGGUGCUGCCCCGAGACACGUAGACACACACAGGAAACCGCGUUCUCGGAGCGCAGUUCUUUGGCUCCUCACGGACCCUCUGCUUUCCAUCUCUUCUUCUCCAGCCCCCUCACCUGGCAUGUAGGACAGCUGGGCUAUCCUCUCCAAUUAUGUUGGUCUUUUUCUCCCAUAAAGUUAGUUUGUUUCUGUGUGGUCUCAUAGGUUACUAAAUUGUCUACCUGUCAGCAUUCUGAUGUAGCACAAAAGCCAUUUUUCUUUCUUUUUUGGCAUUGAGCUCCAGGGUAGAUGAGGGUUUAUGGUCUUAUGACCAUAAGUUCCAAGAAUGGUCAACAGGGAUGUAAAUUGCUUUGGUUCCCCAAGUACCUUGGAAUUCUGGAAGCAUUGGCAGGGCCUGAGGGAGCAUUCUGGAACCUCCACAUGGCACCACCAGGUCUUGCCCAGCAAUGAAGUUUGCUGUCUAAGGUCGUGAUAUUUGGCAAAAAGGAGAAAAAAAAGAAAAAAAGAAAAAAGAAAAAAAAAAAAAAAAGACCUCUUCCCUUGUCUGGUGUCAUAAACAGAAGUUCCAAAUUGUGCUUCAAAAGUGGCGCCGUCUUUUUGAUGUAAUUGUUAUGUUGUUAAUUUUUCAAAACUUUUGAGAAGUUUUUCAGAGGCCCUACAUAGUCUGUACAGGGUGAGUCAGAGGCAGUUUUCAGAGAAAAGGCCAGUGUCACCAAGCAUUAGUAGUUGCUAUCUACCCAGCUACACAUCAAGAAUAUGAAGAAACAGUCUCUGCGAAGCCACUUCCUUGUGGAGUCCGCACUGGGAGAGUGCAGGCAUCUCCCUGUAGGGCUCCUACCAGGAAGGAGUCACCCAGAGAAGCAGCACUGGAGGGAGCCUCGCUCUGGAACACUGUUCUGCUCUGCGGGGUGGGCCUAGGCUUUGCUCUGCCUGCAGGGUAUGCUGAGGCCACACACAAUGCUUGCCUUACUUUAAAGCUAUUUGCCACAGUCCUGUUAAAUAGUGUGGAAGUCCUUUUGCAGUCUGGUGUGCAUGCCAUAUGAUCAGGACAGCUUUUCCACCCCCCACCCCCCACCCCCAGGUUUCCUACAAAGCAAGUAGGAAAUAGUGAAUUUACCCUGAAAUGUCCAAUCUGUAUUUAUGUACCUUGUCAGUGUUUUGCUGUUGGUUUUCUAAAAUAAUAUGAUCAAUAAAUCUUAUCUACUUGGUUCAAGCUAC